GUGAUUGUAGUUCGGGGCAAGUUUUGUUUGCGUUCUUAUUCAGGUACUGGCCUAUUGAGAAAUAUGAGGAAUAUCUUUAUCAAACUCUUCCUGCUGAUCCUCUGUGAUAUAACAGCAUGGAUUCUGAUAACAAAGGAUGUAGAACUGUUGCCAUCUACUGUGUUAAAAAUCAAGUCCCCCGGGUAUCCAGACGUCAACUACAAAAACAACAGAGUCUUAAUUUGGAAUGUGACAGCACCGGCCUCCACAGAAGAAAUCUCAAUUGACAUUGAGAUUGAUAUUGUAAAACCCCCAAAUGGAUUAUGUGAAGACUAUUUACAGAUUCAGGAAAUCAAUCCAUCCAGUGGAAAAUUUACUGUAUUCAACCAAUGCGGCAAACUUACGGCAAACAGAAUAACUAAGGGGAAUCAUCUUCUUAUCAAAUUCGUUUCAAACUUUGAUCUGUUGACUUCAAAAGGUUUCCAAAUACAAUUAAGAGUGCUAAAGGAGAGAUCAACAACAUCAAUGUUAACAACAAGAAAAUCAUCUAUGUCAACAAUAGCGUCGAUAAUAUCAACAACAACAACAACAACAUUACCGAAUACAACAGAGAUGAAAAGCAACGAAAAAAUAGUGUCGAGAAUAAUUUCACCAUCAAAAUUCUUAACAAAAAUCUUAACAAAAGCAACACAUCUGAAAUCAAAAACAACGACAAUUGCAUCAACAACAAAGGCAACAUAUAGAAAAACUAAACCGCCAAAAAUAUCAACGGUUACAACACCUAACUCAUUACCACCGUCAUCAAAGACUACGUACAGCUAUGCAGCUUCCUUAUCGACCGUGGGGAUACCCGUCUCACAUAGAAAGAGGUCAAGCCUUGGACUGACAACAACACUAGCAGCUACGAAUGAAAUUUCGACAUCCCGAUCAUUUGUUUCUGAACAAAUAACAACACAAACAAGACCAUACCAACCAACAUAGGGAAAAUCAAAAUAUUCAA